GAUUUAUACUGAAGAAACCCUCUGCGCUGACACGGUGCCCUCGCCCAGGCAGAGCAACUCUCAGUCCUGCGUCAGAGCCUCUCAGAAAGCCAAAACACCCCUCCGGCUGAGUGCUCCCGAUGCAGCUCUGGAUUAUUUAUUAUUAUUUAACUUAUUAGCUGCCCACCUUCAAUGGACUCUUGAGGGUUGUGGCUGUCAAGCAAGAAAGGUCUCAGAAAUGCCCUCCCCCCAUGCAGGGCUGAGAAAGUGGCUCUCCACUUGGGCAUCUUCCCAGUCGUGGUACCUCUGGCCAACCAGGGUGGCGCUUGCUCUUGGCCCCCAAUCCAAGGGACACUUUGGGACCCGCGCUCUGGUCUCCUGUCACUUUGGAGCGCGUGGCUGGAACAGGUGGCCGGGCAGCCGAAGGCCCGAACAGAAGGCUUGGGAGAUGGCGAGGAGGGCAGUUCCGCGUGGCAGAGGCGGGUUGGAGAUGAUGCCACUGGGGUGGCAGUGGCUGUGGGUCACCACUCCAUUUGCGAUGGAGCAGAUGAAAGGGUGGGCCUGUCCUGCCAGCGCUUGGGUGGUGUGGUCACACCUGCGGAACCAGAACUGGGAGGGUUUGAGUCAUCCUGGGAGAUCAGUCAUCUCAGCGUUAAAAAAAAAGUGUGGGAUGCUUUAGAAGGUUGCAACAGCAUACCGAGAAGGAAGAGGAGGACUUUGGGGUUGUAUGAAACAAAUGCCAACCCGUUCCUCAGCCAACAUCUGGCAGGACAGUAGUGGCUAGCAAAUUUACGCCGGCGAUCAGGAGAUGUUCCGUUUCUUGGAUCAGGACUUUGCUCCCUCCUGCCUGCUCCUGCACCCGGAUCAGCCUACGAUCCAGACCAUGGUCCCAUCGUGUCCUCCUUCCGAGCGUCCAGGUGACUGAGGCUCUCCUGGGUCCCAGGUGGAGGCUUCCCAAAACCGGCCCCUUGAAAUCUCUUCCAUUGUUGGAGGGUGGCAGCUGAACCAGGAAGCCCGCGUGCAGCGUUUGAGCCCCAGCCUCUCUCCUUCAGAAACGCCACUGGAGGCGUUCCUCGGAAGACCGUGCCUGCUGGCUCCAGCUUUCUGUCAUGGCUUUAUGGCUCCUGAUUUCCUCCUUGCUUCUCUGUCCAGGUCAGGUCCUUCAACGAGGGGUGAGACCAUGAAUACCCACCCUCGGCGCAUCCGCCUGAAGCCCUGGCUGGUGGCCCAGGUGAACAGCAGCCAAUACCCCGGUCUGCGUUGGGUGGACGCUGAGCAGAAGCGUUUUUGCAUCCCCUGGCGCCACGCCACUCGGCACGUCCCCUGCCAGGAUGACGAGAACACCAUCUUCAAGGCCUGGGCCAAAGAAACGGGCAAAUACAACGAGGGCGUGGAUGAGCCGGAUCCGGCCAAGUGGAAGGCCAACCUGCGCUGCGCCCUCAACAAAAGCCGCGAGUUCAGCCUGAUCUACGACGGGACCAAGGACACGCCGAUGCAGCCCUACAAGAUUUACGAGGUCUGCGAUGCGCCCCAGUGCAACGGAGAGAGCUUUGCUGGAGAUGAGCCCGCCGGAUGUGAAGAGGAGGAGGAGCUCCAGAAGAUGAUGCCCACCCUGAGGAUUGCAGACCCGUCGCACCCUGCCGAGCCCCUGCCGCCCUAUCCGUGGCUGAAGCAAGAGACCCUGUACCCCAACCCAUGCGGCAAUGGGACUUUCCCCCACUUGGCACACCCCGAGGUGGGGCCGGUACCCCCUGCGCCAGCUCCUGUGGGGGCCUUUGUGGUAGGAGGGGAGCCCCCAGCACCCAACUUUGCCGAAUCUGCGGGCCAGAUGCCGCUGGUCCCCGAGGGCAUGGCCAUGCCGGGAACCCUGGAGCCUCUGUCCGAGGGGGGCUGCCCUGGAGCACCCAUGGAGCAGUUCAUCCCAAAUUUGUUGAUCAGCCCCCACAUGCUGCCACUGACCGACCUGGAGAUCAAGUUCCAGUACCGCGGCCGCUCGGUGGGGGCCCUGACCAUCAGCAACCCGCACGGCUGUCGCCUUUUCCACAGCCACCUGGAGCCGACGCAGGAACAGGUGGAGCUCUUUGGGCCGGUGACGCUGGAGCAGGUCCGCUUCCCCAGCGCCGAGGCCGUGCCCAACGAGAAGCAGCGCUACUACACCCACCAGCUGCUCGACGUCUUGGACCGGGGCCUGAUCCUGGAGCUGCAGGGGCAGGACAUCUACGCCAUCCGGCUGUGCCAGUGCAAAGUGUUCUGGACCGGCCCCUGUGCCGGGGAGCUGGCCGGGCCCAACCCCAUCGAGCGCGAGAAGAAGGUCAAGCUCUUUAGCCUGGAGAGUUUCCUCAACGGACUCAUCAUGUUCCAGAAAGGCCAGACCCCCACCCCUCCUCCCUACGAGAUCUUCUUCUGCUUUGGAGAAGAGUGGCCGGACCAGAAACCGAAAGAGAAAAAACUGAUCACGGUCCAGGUGGUUCCAGUAGCUGCCCGGCUCCUUUUGGAAAUGUUCUCCGGAGAGCUGUCCUGGUCAGCCGACAGCGUCCGCCUGCAGAUCUCCCACCCGGACCUCAAAGACAAGAUGGUCCUGCAAUUCAAAGAACUGCACCAGCUCUGGCAAACGCAGAACAUGCAGGUCCCCCACCUGGAGCCAGUGGGUCCCAGCAACUGGGAAAUGCACACCGGCAGCAGCAUGCAGCAGUGAGACGCCAUCCCUGCCCCACCCUGUCCAGUGGGACUUUCACCGCACCGUCCUCCUGUGCGCUGCAAAGCCCAGCCAGGCCCAUCCAAAGUCAGCCUGGCCUCCCCUGCCCCCCUGAGCCGUUCCCACGGGAGGGGGCAGGGAGGGGCUCCCGGCAAAACCUGGCUCCGCUUGCGAGCACCACAGGGAAAUUCCUUCGGAUGGUUUUAUGAAAUCCAUAAAGAGCGUGUCUCAGGGAAGCCCGUGGGCACCCCAGAGGAUGCUCGCGGGAGGUGCGCUAGCCAGACAUCUCCUGCUGCGUGGACGCCAAAGCGAGAGGACAGAAGUUGUUUGGGGGUUGCAUGCAAGUGGGAAAGCUUUGAACUCUGGACCAGACGUGCCUUGUUUGGAAGAAAGGAGCUGCCUCCCGCAAGAAAUGCCACCUGGGGAACUGGAUCAGGAUUCGGGGUGGCGGCUGUGUUGCAGGUUUGGGCCUUGGAGAACCAAAAUCUUGUGGCCUAUAUGAGGACUGCCUGCUUCUGCCCCCACGUCCAUCACGAGGAGGAGGAAAUGGGGAACGGCAGAAC